AUGGCUCCCGGCGCCACAGUGCUGAGCCCUACACUGGAGGAGCUCUGCAAUCAGGCGCUGGCCCCUGCGUCCUGUUCCCCACUCCCUCUCCAGCACCUGACCCCCUGCCCAGGCUUCCAGGCUGUCUGCAAGCUGUUCCUGCAGCCUGGAAUAUCCUCCCCGCUGCAGCCUGGGUUCACCCCGGCUCUGCUCCUUCUCUUCUCUGGCUUUGGAGAGCAGUGGAGACGUGAGCUCACUCUUCCCAAGAGCUUUGCCAGUGGCACGGAGCCACCAGGGAAACCCACUGCCCAGCUCAGAGCUUCUGUGGGUGGGGCGAUGGGCUUGGGGUUCACAUCCCAGGAACUCCUGAAGCCUGAGUCCACAUGGGGACCUGUAACUGCCCAAGGUGAGGCUGGGCCCAGGCUGGAGGCCCCGAGGAAGAAAGGUCAGGAGGGGCGGGCUGGGCGAGCCAGUGGCAAAUGCCAGGGCAGGUGGGGCAGCGACCACAAGGAGCUUUGGCCUCGAGCUGGUGUCCCCAGGAAAAGCAGCCGGGGGCGACAGAAACGCGGACAGCGCUGGGUGGGGCGUCCAGCCCGGCUUCGGGGGCGGCGCGGGCCUGGGGGGGUCUCCUCCGAGGUCCGGUCGCGGAGCCUUCUCCACGCGGCGGCAGGGAGGCCACCCUGGCCUGGCUCUCCGACCCUCCGACCCCCGGCUGGGCCCCCUCGCCCCGCGGGCGGCCGGGUCGCUCCCGGGGAUGUGUCCCCGCGGGCUGGGCGCCGAGGCCACCGCAGGCUCCCGCCGGGCAGGGUUCGAGCCUCGCUGCGCCGUGGCCUCCGCGGGGGGCGGCCCGGGCCCGCGACUCGCUCGCGCCCCCCUCGCGCCCCCCUCGCGCUCCCCUCGCGCCCGGGCGCAGCCGGGUCCCGUUCCCGCCCCGCCCCCUCCCCCGCGCCCCGGGGGGUCUCGGCGGCCGGGGGAGGGGCGCCUCCUAAUCAAUCCCAGGCCGGAAAUUCCUCCCGAGGGGCCCGGCCGGGCUGCGGGGCCGGGGCGGGGGGGGGGGGGCGGGGGGCGGGCUCGGAGCCUGGCGGGCCGCCCGGCCGCCCCUCCUCCUCCCCCGAGCCCGCCCCCCGCAUCAUGGAAACUGGGCCGCCAGCCGACCCCCUCGCUCCGCUCCGCUCCGCAUUCCUGCCGCGGGGGCGGGCGGGGCUCGGGAGCUGGGCGGCCCCGACAGGCCCGCGGCGGGGGGCGCCCCCGGAGCCUCGGGAUUGGGGCUCCAGACGGGCGCGUCCUCCUGGGGGGUUGCCCGUGACUCUCCGGUGGACGCACUCAGCGGCCCGCCCCGGGCUCCCGUCACUGGGCGCUCGCGGGGUCCCCGGGGGCUGCGCCCCGUGUCGCGUGCCCGCCCGCUACGCUGGAUUCUCGCCUCUCCGCAGCUUGCGGGGCGGACCCAUGAAGCCCAUUUUCCAGGUGAAGGCGGUGAGGUCCACGGAGGGGGCAGGCUGGCGGGGGGCGGGGCAGGAACCGGGCCGCCUCCUCCGGGGAGCUCCCCGGACGGCGCCCCCGCGAGCCCGCUCCCGGCGCUGGCAUGAGGGGCGCGGGCGGGCGCGCGGGCUUCCAAAGUGCUCGGGCCGCGCGCUCGCUGCGGAGCCGGGCAGGGCUCUGGCUCCCGGGCUCAGUUUCCCCACGUGGGAAGGCGCGGCCGUCCCGGGCCUCUGCGAGCGACGCUCCGAGCCACGGGCGCGCACACGGCGCUCACCUGCGGCCCUGCGACCUGGGCGGCUGCCGGGCUCCAGCGGCGGGGCCCCGGGGGCCCUGGGGCGGGAGCCCGGUCCUCCCUCCCCCCACCCCCGCGGAGUGUGGACGCGGGCGGAGGCGGGACCCGGAGCGCGAGGGACGCGGCCCGCGGCAACUUCCCGGCGCGAGACCGGGGCCUCCCCGGGGCCAGGACUCCGCGCCCGCCGCAGCGUCGGGGCCCCCGCACGCCCCCGCCUCUGUCCCCGCGGGGAGCCCUCCGGAGUCGCUCCACACUCCGAGACGACCGGGGAACGGCCGGCGUCGGCGGGGGUCGCGAGGCCCGGCGCCGGGUCCCGGGGGCGCCCCCUCCUCGGGGGACCCCGGCGGGCCCCCCGGCCGCUCUGGGCCGCCGCCUCCAGCUGCGAGAAUCAGGCUUUGGACGCGGCCGACUGCGGCUCGGUGCUAGGCCCCGGCCUUCCGCACCCCUUCGGCGCAGGGAGGGGGUGUCGUGCCUUGAGCUUCGGGGUGCGGAUGGGGACUGAGCGGGGCGGCGAGGCGUCCUCCCUGGGGCCUCGCCACGGGUGCCAGCGCCGGAGCGGCUUAGAACCCGGACUGGGGGCAGGGAAGACGCACCCCUGGACAGCGCGGCCCCGGCCCUCCUCCCCUCCUCCCCUGCGACCCAGGGCGCCUGGGCGGGGGCCCCGCUCCCCCCCACGCCCUCCCUUGGCGGGGGCCACACGGCUCACGGCGCAGCUGCUCCUUGCCCGGCCCGCGCUCCGUCCUCGGGCCACAGGCCGGGAAGGGCUGAACCGGGCGGCCAGAUGGGGCGGCCCGAGGUGCUGGGGCGGCGCUGCUCCGUCCGGGACGCGGGCCACCGAGGCCUCGGGUGGAGGAGGCCGGAAAGGAGGACAGGCGGCGGGAAAGGGGGAUGAUUCAUCCCGAGGAGCUCGAAUUGGAAACGCUGCAACCUGGGAACAGCCUUGCCCGGGCCGACGGGAGAGUCGGGGAGCGGGGAAGCUCUCCCGGCGGGGCCCCGCGCCCAGCACCUGCAGCACCCCCGCUCCCCGCGCCCUGUCCGGGCCGCGACCCGGCCGCUGGAGGAGGGGAGGCCUCUUCUGCGCGGAGUGGAGAGCAAUCCUGGGCGAAGUCGGCCGCUGGUCUUGGUCAGAACGGUCUUCCUGGAGUCUAGCUCAAGUCUCUCCUGCUGCAGCUUCCGUGCAGGCUGAGGAGGUCUGA